AUGUUUUGCGACCUAAAACAUAAACCGUCAAAAAAGAUCAUUAAAAAGCGUGUGGCUCCACCGCCAUCGUCUGUGAAGAAGGCUGAGGCCGCGAAAAAGGAACAAAAUCCACUUUUCGAGAGACGUCCGCGCAACUUUGCUAUUGGUCAGGAUAUUCAACCAAAAAGAGAUCUAACAAGAUUUGUAAAAUGGCCGAAAUACAUUCGACUCCAACGUCAAAGGUCUGUCUUGAUGAAACGAUUGAAGAUCCCACCACCAAUAAAUCAAUUCCGCACACCAAUGGAUAAUCAAACAACUGGUCAGCUAUUCCGUUUGUUGGAGAAGUAUCGUCCAGAAACGAAGCAGCAAAAGACCGAACGUCUGCGCGCUCGUGCNAAAGCGCAGCUGGUCGUGAUCGCGCACGAUGUUGAGCCGAUUGAAAUCGUCAUAUUUUUACCGGCAUUGUGCCGUAAGUUUAAGGUUCCAUAUUGUAUUGUGAAAGGAAAGGCAGCCCUCGGUCGUAUCGUUCAUCGUAAAACCACAUCUUGUCUUGCGAUUGUUGACACAAAUCCGGAGGAUAGAUCGCAGCUGUCACGUCUGAAAGAAUCAGCCCUAACGAACUUCAACGAGCGUGCCGACGAGCUUCGUAGGCAUUGGGGUGGUGGCGUCAUGUCAGCACGUUCACAAGCGCAGAAAGCAAAAAUUGAGAAGGCACGAGCCAAGGAGAUAGCUCAGAAGGCUUAA